GAGGGGACUGGAGAAGUGAGCUGAGGUGUUUGGGGCGCUAAGUCGUGGUGUCGGAGUUGUAAGAGAUUCAAAGAAAGGCGCUCGCCAAGGUGUACGGUCUUCUUGUCGGGAAGUUAUAGUGGCCGCCCUCCUCGGUCUUCCUCUCCUUUCGGAAGGUAGACACUUUGGAAGAGCCGCCGAACCCUUCGAGUUCCGAGGGGCUUCCUCUUCUUGCACCGCGUGAGGUUAUUCAAGGUUUUGGUCAACAAAGAAGCUUAAAAUGGCAACAAAAGAAGAACUUAUGAAUGAUGAACGGUUUCGCCGAAUUACAAAGGACCCUAGAUUUUGGGAAAUGCCAGAAAAGGAUCGAAAAAUUAAGAUUGAUAAGAGAUUUCGAGCAAUGUUUCAUGACAAAAAAUUCAAGUUGAAAUAUACUGUGGAUAAAAGAGGACGUCCCAUAAAUCACAGCAGUACAGAGGAUUUGAAACGUUAUUAUGACUUAUCAGAUUCAGACUCUGAUCUCUCAGAUAAAAAUAGUGAAGAAUCAGACAAAAAGAAAACAAAGAAAAACACCCAGAAAACCAAAAAAGGAGAUGCAAAAAAAUUACUGGAUGAUAAGGAAAAGAGCAGCAUUGUUAAGCAAAAGGAAGACUUUGGACAUGGAAAAGAGUCAGAUGAUUAUGAAAAUACCUGGAAAACACAGAGUUCAAACAGAGCUAAGAAAAUGCAUGCACAAAAUAAUCUGCAAAAGGAUAAAAAAGAAUUGACAAAUAAAGGCAUAAAGAAUCAAAAAGAUGCCUUCAUAUUUAAUGCAGACAUAUCCUCUAAAGGAAAACUAAAGGUAUCAGAAUUGGACACUAAUAAAAUGAAAUCUUCCAAGAUGAAGUUUCUCAAAGAGAAAGAGAAAUGUGAUUCAGAUGUCAAUGAAUCUGAUGAAGGUGAAUUGGAAGAAGAUACUGAAGAUGAUAACGAAACGGGAUAUGAUGACCAAUCAGAAGAUGGAAGUUCAGGAGAUAAUGAGGAAACUUCAGAGUAUGAUGAUGAUGAUGAUGAAGAUGAUGAUGAAAGUGAUAGUGGCCCUGAUUUGGCUAGAGGAAAAGGAAAUAUUGAAACUAGUUCAGAAGAUGAAGAAGAUGAUAUGACUGAAUUUCUUCCAAAGGAACCCAGUUUCGAGCAUGCGUGGAGAGAAUUAGAUAAAGAUGCCCCUCGGACAGAUGAGAUUACUCGUCGAUUAGCAGUUUGCAACAUGGACUGGGAUAGAUUAAAGGCUAAAGACUUGCUGGCUCUGUUCAAUUCAUUUAAACCUAAAGGUGGUGUUAUAUUUUCUGUGAAGAUCUAUCCUUCAGAAUUUGGGAAGGAGAGAAUGAAGGAAGAACUUGUUCAAGGACCUAAAGAAUUACAAAGUAUUCCUGAGGAUGCUCCUGAAAAAGACUGGACCUCUAGAGAAAAGUUAAGAGACUACCAAUUCAAGAGACUAAAAUACUUUUAUGCAGUUGUAGACUGUGAUUCUCCAGAAACAGCCAGUAAAAUUUAUGAAGACUGUGAUGGACUGGAAUUUGAAAGUAGCUGUUCAUUUGUAGAUCUGAGGUUUAUUCCAGAUGAUAUUACAUUUGAUGAGGAGCCAAAAGACAUAGCUUUAGAAGUGGAUAUAACAGCAUAUAAACCCAAAUAUUUCACAUCUGCAGCAAUGGGAACAUCAACGGUAGAGAUCACCUGGGAUGAGACUGAUCAUGAAAGAAUUAAAACACUAAACAGAAAUUUUAAAAAAGAUGAACUUCUUGACAUGGAUUUUCAAGCCUAUUUAGCAUCCUCCAGUGAUGAUGAAGAGGAACCAGAAGAAGAACAAGGUAAUGAUGGAAUUAAUGGGGCAGAAGAUGUCAAAUCUAAAAAGAGCCAAAAGGAUGAUGAUGAACAAAUUACCAAGUACAGGCAGCUUUUGCAGCAUAUUCAAGAAAAAGAAAAGAAAUCCAAAGACAAUGACAUGGAAAUGGAAAUUAAAUGGGUUCCAGGUCUUAAAGAAAGUGCUGAAGAGAUGGUCAAGAACAAGUUGGAAGGAAAAGAUAAAUUGACUCCUUGGGAACAAUUUUUAGAGAAAAAGAAAGAGAAAAAAAAACUGAAAAAGAAGCAGAAGCUACAGUCUGUUACUGAAAAAGAGACCAGUGAAGAUGAGCUUCCAUCCGAUGUUGAUUUGAAUGAUCCUUAUUUUGCUGAAGAAGUUGGAAAAAUAGGUACAAAGAAAAAAUCCAAAAAAAUCUCCAAGGAUGAAAAGUCUCCAGAAGAAGAAGCUGAGAUUGAAAGACAAAAUGCUGAAAUGGCUUUGCUUAUGAUGGAUGAUGAAGAGGAUGGCAGGAAACACUUCAAUUACAACAAAAUUGUAGAGCAACAGAACCUGAGCAAAAAGAAGAAGAAAAAACUCAUGAAAAAGAAGGAGCUAUUGGAGGAUGACUUUGAGGUGGAUGUUUCAGAUUCUCGAUUCCAAGCAAUGUAUACUUCUCACUUGUUCAACUUAGAUCCUUCUGAUCCGAAUUUCAAGAAAACAAAAGCUGUAGAAAAAAUUCUAGAGGAGAAGGCUCGACAGAGAGAACAAAAACAAGAAGAACUUACAAAGGCAAUAAAGAGAAAAGAGAAUGACCUGCAAAAAGAAACCGCAAAGAAAUCCAUAGAUCCUGCUUUGUCAAUGCUAAUUAAAUCUGUCAAAAACAAAACACAGGAGUUUCAAGCAAGGAAAAAACAGAAAGUUAAAUAACUUGUUUACUUUGGUGCAUGCUAUGUGCAUUCUCCUAAAUUGAAAGAAUAAAUUAUUUUUAAUAACCAAAGCUUUUUCUGGCAUAGAAAUUUAACUUUGACCCUGUUGACUGUUUUGAUAUUUUCUCCGUGAAUAAUCACAGGAGCAUAGAUUUAGAGCUGGAAUGGGUCUUAGAAGUGGAUUUCUUCAUUUUGCAGGUGAGGGAAUAGAAGCCUAGAGAGGUUAUUAUAUCUUACUCAGUAAGGGGCAGAGCCAGGAUUUAGAUUCCUUCUCUCCAAAUCCAGCACACUUUCCAGUGUACCAUUUGCCUAUAGGUUUUGUGUCUUUAUACCACAAACAUUUCUUAUUUGAGUAUCUAUGAACUUGAAAUUUUGUUUUUUGUUUUUUGUUUUUUUUUUUUUCAUAAAAUCAAGUUGGAGACUAAGUGAGAAAUAACAAAAUGGAUUUUAAUAUAGAUUUAAAAGUUUAAUUUGUGAAGAAUUAGAAUUCCAUGGACUCUUACAUACAUAAGCUUGUUAGGACUAAUUUGAUAUUAUUUAUUUUUUCAAAUCAUCAACAGAUCAGUCUGGUCAUAGUAAAUCUGGAGGUCUCUUAACUUCUUUAUCUAACCUUAAAGGGUAGUCAAGAAGGCAUUGUGUCCUAGUAGACAAAAUGCUGGUCUUGCAGACAGAGACUUGGAUUCAAAUUCUGCCUCUGAAAUUUAAUAGCUAUGUGCAUGCCCCACAAUUAAGUCUUUUAACCUCUCUGAGCUUCAAAACAAAUUUCUUAGACUUAUCCAGUGUAUUCUAGACAGUUUGCAAUCUGUAAUGGCAGAGCAGGUUCCCACUGUAAGUUAAUAGGCUGAUAGUUUGGCCUGUUGACAUCCUUUUCGGUAGUAACCUAAGACCUUUCUUUGAAACCUACAUAUGGUUCUUAUAUAUUUUUUACGAAUUUAAAUUUUUCAAUAAACAUUUGAAGUCUAUUUGUUCUACUUUGAGGAAGCAAAUCAGCCAGUGGUAAGGAGUUUGACAGAGAAAGGGAGCAAUCACAUGGGAGAGGAGCUAGAUUGAACAGAAGAAAAGGAUCAAGAGAUAUCUCUCUCCUUUUGUCACUUAUCUGUGUUUUCAAAAAAAACCUCAUACCUUAAGGAAAAAAAUCUGGAAAACGAAUUCAAAUGAGAGAAUAUAAUGAAGAUGAAAAGCAAGUUCAUUUUUCUAAUAACUGUAUUUGAAAUGUUCAUCUAAUCUUCUCCAGUGAUUGUUCUUUUUGUAGUUAUGGACAAUUCUUUUGUCUGCCUUGUGAUGCCAUACUUUUAAAUAGGUGGAUAUGUUACUAUAAAGCUUAAGAAAAGUCUUCAAUUUUUAGUAUUUAAAAUCUUUGGUCUCAUUUUGUUUUAGGUUUUGUCAACUAAUAACUGACCACUUAUAAUAGUCAAUAUUGCAGUUAAAUAGUAUAUGCACAAAUAAAAUUGAAAUGGUCAGUAGGAGCAAAUACUAAGUAUGAUAGUUUUAGGAAUGCAAGAGGAGUUUGUCCAGGUUUGUGGAUUAUUAGUAAAUGUGGUAUAUUAUUAAAGUUCAGGCUUGCAUAUGUAGCAUAAUUUUGCAGUGUAUGGGGAUGCAAAACUCAUUAGUGUGGUAUCAAAGAAAAAAAAAACGGAAUUCAAAAAGCCUUUGAGCAGGAAAAAAAGACGUAACAUUUGAAUUGUUUAGAGCUAACUGCCAAAACUUUGGAAUGCCUGAAAAGGGAAUUGUUUUUAUAAUAAAGCAGUGACACCAUUAAAUUAUUCAACUGUAUUUACCAGUUGGCUUUACUCAGUUUGGCUUUACCCAUUUUCCUUUACCUUUCCAUCUGUCCCUAUUAAAUCUGAACACUUGCUUAAAUGCUCAUCAGUGACUUUAAUACAUUUAAAUUUAUAAACAGUUUACAAUAGCUCAUCCACUACAUAUACAUGUGGCUUAAUGUCAGCUAGGCCCUCCCUACAGCUCAAUAGUCCUAGAUUCAACUCCCUAUUUCCUCGAAUUACUAUUCCAAAUCUUUUCUUCCUACAAAGUAGCAACCUCAUCUCCAUAUCCCAAAAAUAUAGCAGAUAACUUAGCUUCCUGCUUCACUGAGAAUAUUGAGAUAAUUUGAAAAAAGCAUCAUUCCUACUUCAAUCCAGCAGUCUCAUGGAUCUCCCCCCCCACACCCCCCGCCUUCAGUAUCACACAUUCAAAAAGUUAUCUUCAAUGACUACCGUUCCUCACAACUUACAUGCUCCUUUACCCUCUGCAAUCCAGCUCCUGUUCAAUCCAGGUAAAACUCCCUAAAUUGACCUAAUUGCCAAUCUAGUGGUCUUUUUCUUCAGUAGGUAUCAUCUUUGACCUCUCUCUCUGUUUGCUUCAAGCACACACCAUUUCCAGUCUUCCACCUCCUAUAGUUUGCUCUGUCAUUCUCUUCCUAAUACCUUCCCACCUCCCACCAAGUUAUUCAUCAUUCAUUCUCUUUAUGCUUUCUUCCUUGGAAAUCUAAUUCACUCCCAGGACCUUAACAAUCACCUCUAUUAAGAUGUUUCCCAAAUCUGUAUCCCCAGACCUAACCUCUCUUUCACAUUCCAGAUCCAUGUCUAACUGAUUAAAGAAUGCCAACUAAGUCUGAAGGUCCCAUGAAUAUUUAAAACUCAUCAUGCCCAAAAUAAAAUUUAUCUUUUUCUCCUUCUGACUUCACUUGCCCACAGUGGCACUACCUGGUCUCCUAUAUUUGAUCUUAGAGUUACCUUUGAUACUAUUCUGCCUCAGCUGCCAUUUCUGAUCAGUUUCUAGGGACUGUUGAUACUCCUUAUAUUUAUAUAAUGUGUCUCACAACCAAGCUUUUGUCUACUACCAUUGCAAUCAUCCGUAUUAUCCACCUGACCUGUUGCCAUAGCCUACUAACAGGCUUUCACCCACUAAUCUGUUCUUAACUAAUUCAUCCUUGAUUACUAGACUAAUUUUUAUCCAUAGAUCUUUUCCCACUCAUUAUUCAGGGGCACCCACUUUCUACCUCUCAUUCUACUUCCAUCCAUGUUUUCUAUAUUCCACCAAAAAUGAAUCACAUUCUCACGGACUUUCCCUUUGCUUAUUUUGGUCCUCUGUCCCUGAAAUGUCCUUCUUACUGCCUUUGCCUGUUGAAUUCCUGCCCAUCCUUUAGAGUUCAACUCAAAAUCUGCUUCUUCCGUGAAAAUCUCUGCUUUCACACCUCCCCUUAUUCCCACAAGCAUCCUCAAGUGUAUUUAGUUCUCCCUAGCACUUUUAGAAUUCCAUUUACAAAUAACUUUUAAAGAAUAUAUUUAUUACCUAAAACAAAAUUUAAUAGUAAACAUUCAUUAUCUUCACAUGUGUGGUGAUUGGGCUUUCCCUCUCCUGUCCCCCUCCCCUUCCCCCAGCCACAUGACGUACCUGGACAAUGCUGAAGAAAUAUGAUUUUCAUGGACUGCUCCCAUAAGUAAUCUUAGCUGUUAAGCUCUGGCAAGAAUGAAGAUUUUUUUUUCCCUUUUGAAUGCAAUGUGACUUUGUUCUUUCUACCCCACUCCUCUUCCCCCUUUCCUGGAUUUUAAUAAUAAUUUGUAAAUAGUACAUCUAAGGAUGUUCAAGCAACUUACUCCUCUUGCCUUUGUUACCAGUACCUAGCAUUGUGUGUGAUGCACAAAGUAGGCACCUAAGUACUUAUUGAAUUAAUGACUGAGAGCAUGUAAUAAAAUAUUAUUUCUAUUUUACAACUGGGGAUACAUAGCCCAUACUUAAGUGAAUUAGUGAGAGAACUGAAAUUAGGCCUUGCAUGUCUUCCAAUUUAUAAAUUGCUGAUAUGUAUGCCAUUGCUCUUGAAUUUUUACAUAUAAUCAAACUUCCAAGAAUUAAGAUUUCUGUAUUAGAAAUGUUAUUAUUAAAUGGUAUCAUUUACAUAACUCAUUUUAUCCUCACAAAAGUCCUGGUAAGUAGGUGCUGUUAUUAUCAUCAUUUUACAGUUUAGGAAACUUAAAUA